AUGGCGGACUUAAACCGACAGCUGCAGGAUUAUUUGUCUCAGUCUAAAGGCGCGAAAACCGUCUCUCAGUCCGGCUCCAGCACGGCGUUGGACAUGGGCGAACCGGAGCCGGUACCCGGGAGCUGGUUCGGCCAGUGGUCCACCCCGUGGACCGGCCAGAGCUCCAACGGGAACAGCAGCUCCUCUUCUUCUUCUUGGCCGUGGUCGGCGGAACCGGACCCGUGUCUGCCGGGGAUGAGCCGCCGGCAGCGGCUCGUGGGCUUCGGCGUGUGCGCGUGUUUCUCCGCGCUAUGUUUCGGACUGUCCGCACUGUAUGCGCCCCUGCUGCUGCUCUACGCCCGGAAGUUCGCCCUCCUCUGGUCACUCGGGUCACUGUUCGCCAUCGCGGCCGCGGCGGUGCUGCGCGGCUGUGUGCUUAGGGUCAUUGUCUUGUUGGAAGGUGAACCCUGA